AUGAGUACUCAUAGUCAUCGUAGUCAUGAUCAUAAUACUACCAGUUUGAUUAAAAGGAUUCGGGUUACAAUUUACCUAUCAAUAGAAGAAUUGUGUGCAGUUCCAACAGAUAUCACCUUAAUUGCUACAUUUCUUAAUCCAAGGUUCAAACAUUUUAAUUGGUCAAAUUUAGAAGGUAAUUCUACACAAACAAAUUCAGAAGAAGAAGAUAAUAAAAUAUUGUGUUAUGUGAAACUUAAAGAUAUUAGAGUUAAAGAUGAUCCUAUUGAAUGGUGGUUAAAAAAUAAGGGUAGUUUUUCUACUCUAACUAAAUUAACAAGAAAGUAUCUUUCAAUUUUGACAACUUCAGUGCCAAGCAAAUGA